AGGAACAAUUAUCAAUGGCGGAUAAUAAAAAUAUAUAAUAAUGAUAAUAAUAAUAAUGUGAUACUAUAGAGUAUAGAGCAGCAAUAAUAAUAACAUUGCAAGAGUAUGGAGUAUGGAAUAUGUGAAAAUUUAAAGAUAAGAUGUGCGAAUGUGUACUACAGCUGUGUGUUGUAUUAACAGCAAUGACAGCGCUUUGACAUGAGGCUAAAUACGAUAUCACCAUUUACACUAAAUCCAAUAAAUAUUACGACAACAAUGUAAUGUAAAGUGUCAAAGGCCGGCUAAGAGGAUGGGAAUUAGUUUUAUGAGUAGCUGAGAUCAAGAGAUCACCAUCACCACCAUCAUCAUUACCAUUAUCACCGCAAUCAUUGCCGUCAUAACCAUUACUACAAAUAUAAACAUCAACAUUUCAUUACAAGCAUCACGAUGGCGGACUACGAGCUGUACAACAGUACAGCCCCAUCCUUUUCGGGGAUCGAGCCGGCAUACUGGAAUUAUUCGGACCAUGUUAUCCUCGAUGAUCUUAAAAUGGACAGCAACUUUAUCUGGUUGCUCUGUUCAUUGGUAUCCGCAAUAUCAUGGGUCAUCUAUAUUGCCUAUUACAAUAGUAGAGUUAUUGGAUAUAUUAUAACGAGGCUGUUGAAUCGGUUUGUAAUAAGAGAUGGAUAUGUCAAAGUUGGAUCGCUAACACUGUGUGCUUUAAGUGGAAAAAUAAUGUUUAGAGAUAUAGUUUAUAUCACGACUGAUUAUAGUUUAAGGAUACAAGACGGGUGGUUAAUAUUUAGAUGGUGGAGAAGUUAUGUUCCUAAAGAUGUAUCUGAAGAUCUUUCACAUUCCGAUACACGUCUUUCGGUAAUGUUAAAUGGAUUUGAGCUUCAUGUGUACAAUCGAUGUGACUUGUACGCACGUUUAGAAAAAACAUUCGGCCUAUCCUCGCAAAUGUUCCCGGACGAAGAUAUUAUCCAUACAGUUAAUAUCGAUGACCGUGAUGGCGAGUCAAUGACUAACGCGGCCAAUGAAGUUCGUCAGCAAAUAAAUGCCAUGGAUAUGUCCCGACACAUGGAGAAUAUACGUAAACAAGAAGCACACGUGUUGGCACGUACGUGGCGUGAUUUAAUACCUGUGAUUAAACUGGAUAUAUGCACCGGGAGAAUAGUAUUUGGUAAUCGUUUAGUACCAACAACACUUUCGAUAACCGUCGAGGAAGCACAUUUUGUUUAUUCGACAAAGCCUGCGGCUUCAAGGCAUGAUCAUUUUAUGCACUUUACCAAAUGCAAAGCUGAAAAUUUCAAAGUUAUUUUAGCGCCUAGUCCUAAGUACACCGGAAUGGUUGACGAUCCGCCAAGGUAUAUGGGUGAAGGUUUUGUGGUGCUUAGUUCAAAUAAUAUGGAGGUUUAUUAUUAUUUGGACGAACCUGGUGUAGUACCAGAGCAUCCGGAAAUGAUUAGAUUAGCAAAUGGUGAUAUGGUUGAAGCAAUGCCACCAAUUUGGGGUAUUGACGUAAAGUGUGGUAAAGGUACUGAUUUUAGUUAUGGGCCUUGGGCUGAUCGGCAACGAGAACAUUUGUUUAAGUUUUUCUUUCCCAAUGAUUAUCAACCGAUGAAAAUUACAAAAUCACCGCGACCUGGUGACAAACGACAAGUCCAAUCAUUUGAUAUUCGCCUGUCUACUCUCAAUGAAGCUACUGUCGAUAUUUUGUUCAGUAAAAACCGUGAAACUAAUGCAGUUCACAUAAACGUAGGCCCGGGAUCUUAUUUAGAAGUAACGAUGCCGUGGAUUGUUCUUCAGGAUGGAUACACCACUAAAAUAACUGGACAAUUGUUACAUCUUGAAGCAACUACAAGUCUUCAGUAUCGCAGUCUCGUUGAAAGUGAAACUCUUGAAUUUGGUAUUAAGUGUCACUAUCCGAUAAGAUGGAAUGAUCAUCAAGAGUGGACGUUGAAUUUGACUGGAUGCAAAGCAACAGCUAAUCUGGUAUACUCUCACAAAGAAUUCUUUCAAGACAUGAUUAAUGACUGGGCAAGUAAAUCACGACCUGAUAUUCUACACUUUGUCCCUUAUACGUGGAAAUUUAGCUUACUGUUAAAAGAAUUCGAAUUGAUAACUAUUUGCAAUGAGUACAAUUGGAUCGAUUGUUCAUCACAAAAUCAAGAGAAUGCGCAUAUUGCAUUCUGCGGUGAAAUAUUUGAUCUCUCAUUUGACUUACCCUUCACGGACUUUUUACCAGUUACUAUCCCAUUGCGUUUUUGGAUCCAAGGUGAAAGUGUUGAUUUAUCAUUUUAUUUACCUGAAGUUAAUACAAAUCGUGUAGUGUUGUUAGCUUUAGAUAAAAAUGCUAAAAUAAUUACCCGCGAUGGUUCAAGUAAACAUAUCGCGGAUUUAUCACGACUGAAAAAAUGGAGAAAUGUUUGUCAAAAAAGUUUAGGAUGGAUAGAUUGUUGGUCUGUACCGAUAGUAGCUCUUAGUAUUAACUAUACGUAUCACCCGUGUCCGCCUUUGGGUCCAGCACCUCAAGCAAACAUAACAACACCCGAGAAAGAAGAAAUUCUGCUGUCUCCAAUGAGGAUUCCACGAUGCAGAAAAUCUCCUGGACUUCGUUGGGCUCAGGACGGCAAUCAGAAAUUUGACCCGCAGUCAAUAGCACCUGACAAAGUCAGCUUAGAAUUGGAAAUUGGUCCAUCGAUGCUUAUUCUCUACGGAGCAUUAAUAAAAAAUUUUCUUCACCUGAAAGAAAAUAUUUUCGGGGACUAUCAGACAUUCACAGAUAUGCAGCAGAGUCGACCGUCCGUUAACAAUCCAGCCGACAGAGGCAAAGAUCGCGACACGCAAAACAGCAGCGUAGAGGCCUCAGUAGAAGAAGAAGAUGCUCGCUCGAAAACAUUCGAUCCCCGAUACUACCGUCCACUCGAAGUAACCGUGGGUAUAACGAUGCACGAUAUUCAAGCGCAUUUGAUUAAAAAUUGCAACGACAAUGAUCCACCGUGUCCUGUGAUUCUCUUAGAACGUUUUGGCUUUGAAAUGCGCAAAGGAUUCAAAGAAACAGAGCUCCAGCUUUUACUUUCACCCGCAAUAAUGCUCAUAACUGACAACGUCAGCAGAUCAAGCAAAGACAAACACUUGAAUCAAGGACAUUUGAUGCUCAGCGCGCUCCAAGUACGCGGACACGCAAUGUUUAGCAGCGAGGGCCGCAGCCUAGAUCAAGAAACUUUGGAGUACGCUUGGCUAAUUGAAGUCCAACUUGGAAAACUCGGUGGUAAAAUUUCAUCACCUCAACUUCAUCACUUGAUAACGUCCUUAGAAACGUUUCUGCUGACAGCUAAAGACACGGAGAAUUUGAUGCGACCACCUGGACUGCCACAUCACUGUCAUCACGGCCUACCACCGCUUCAGUGCCCCGACAGUGAUCCAGACAAUCACUACAGAUGUCCCAGCUCUGAAGAUAUCAAGUACAGAAUGACACGAGUGGCAAUUGACGCAAUAGAUCUUUAUUUACAGGAGGCUGGUACGGCAACCCAGUUAUGGAUAUCACCGAUUCGCGUCUCAACGUGCAAUUUACACGGUCAACAAGUUAAAUCUGGUGUAACUGGCGUAAUGCCAACAAUAUUAACCCGUCAAUUUGUGUCAGCUGCGGGACAUUUUGCAAAUACAAGUAAUACAAACACAACAGGAAGUGCUAGGUCACACACUAAUGCGAGCAGUCGGAUGUCUGGUGAUGGGUCAGAUGUCUGGCUUGAAGUCGGCUCUGUAUCCAUGGGUCCAGUUGUUAUUGAAGCUGCUGUUUCGUUGCCGAAACCCGAGCACAAUCUUCAUAUUAUCCAAAAUAAAUAUCUUAAAACUCACGACGAAGCUACCAAAAGACUCUGGUUCCUCUGGCCUCAGGAAAGCGGGAUCAAGUCUGCUAAAUGUGGUUGUAUUGGUGGGUGCACCUUUUUUGGUAGCAAUAAAAACGGCUCGCGGUUUUUCAAGCCUAGCUAUCACGAUCUACAUGACGGAAUAAAUAUAGCAGCGUACAGAAUAAAUCCAACUGGAAAAGAAAAAGGAUUUGGUCAGUCUAUCUUGCAUGAUGACCAGUUAGUUUUUCAUACGCCGCCUUACAGCUUACAAGACGUAUCUCUGCAGGACAUUUAUCAUCCAGCUCCGGGAGUGAGACUCACAGUGUUCCAAGAAUCUACACAGUCGUCAAAGCCCAGUGUAGAAGGGUCAAGGUCUGCCAUCGAUUCUACCACCGAGGAUGGAAGCACUAAACUCAGCACCACAUCAGGUAGCCCAGCUAGUGAUAAGAAACCUCUUGGCAGGCGUUUCUCGUACACGUCGAUCCGUGGUACAAACUUAAAGGACGUUCCUUACUCACGUCUCGUCGAUGCAAGUCCAAUAACUCAACUACCUCAAAAGUUAGACUCGGACUCGAAGUUAAACAGUGAACGUAGCAAAUCGAUAUUGAGUGUACCUGAAAUAGAUAAUGCCCCGAAGAGUAGUGUGUCUGACUCAAAGCUUGCAGUGGAUUACUUCAAUGCACCUGAGACAGACAUUUUACAGCAGAGUUGCAGCCCGCAGUCGCUGCCGGCUGUAUCUUCUGAGUUGUCUCAUGCGUCGAGGCCACCCACUGCAGCCAAGAGUGCUGAUGGUGUAUAUAUUUCCGACUCGCGUCAAUCAUUGUACAGAGGAACUAAGUCCAGCUCUGAGGAACGUCUCAAGCAAGAGGUACAACGAACUAUAUCGAUGUCUUCAGAAAAUCACUCGGAAGCGUUUUACUCUGCUGAUGAAGACACAAGUCACGGAUUAGCUGGCAGUCGUACGUCCAGUUUAAGGCAGUCGAUAGUAAGCGCAGGUCCUGUUUUAACGCGCAAUGGCAGUAUGAAGAAGAAAUAUUCCUCGGACUUGUCAAUUGUCGAGAGCUCAGCGAAUACUGGAGUUGUUAUUGGUGAAAAAGCGCACACACUGGAACGAGCUAAAACGCAACAGCCCCGUAGAAGUCCACGGAUAAUAAAGAAUAGUAAUUUUUCAGAACCUGAAGGCAGUCCUAGUGAAAACGGUAUUUUGAAUGAUUCCUCUGACACUCACUCAGUAUCCUCGACGAGUUUUAUAUCAGCAGUGUCGUCCCAAGAAGACAUGGCCCUCGUUAAUCUUCAUAUGCAAGUCAACAAACCGAUUGUUGACUCUCCGCUUCUUAUGUCUAGUUAUGUUAGUCAUUUGACGCAAUUGAAGUGUUCCAACUGGAGUCAAUCUUCAUUUCCAUCAGCCAGCGAUGCUUUUACUACGCCCAUGUUUCGUAGGACUGAUGAUGGUAGGCUAGUUUACGUUGGCGGGCGAUUUAUUCCUAAAUUUGAUGUCGUUACUGAAGGAUUCACGUCGUUGAAAAUGGUUACGCGUAAUGACACCUCACCUAUGGCCAGUUCGUCGAACAAAACACCGACCCAUCCUUAUCUCUGGGACAAUGCUACCUUGAUACAGUCUGAGGGUGAAGAUGAUAAUAACACGCGUGACGAAGAAGAGUUGUUGACAGUUCAGCAUGAAACUGGCUCAAGUACUACUGUUAUUAUUAAAUUAAAAGGAGAUGUUGAUAUUAUGAUAAGUCCAAUGGUGCUAGAGUCGCUUCAACGAUUCAUCGAUGUCAUUACACCUACUCUUGCGAGUUUGCAUGCACUGACAAUACUCAAUCAUCUUCACAGCGAGUGUAUUUCACGGGUAGAGGAUGCUAAUAUUCUUAAACAGGACCAGAGUUUGUCGUACUGGAGUCAAGUACAGACGAGUUCUAAGCGAUCUACAGCUGAAAGGAAUAUUAAAAAUGGUGCGGGUGAUGAGAAAAAUAAAAUUUUACAGACUAAUGUUUACGAAGAAAGUAUCACUACGCAAAUGCAAGGGAGUAUUAUUUUGCCUAAAAUAAAUAUCACACUUUUACAAGCUUCUGUAGUCGAAGAAAUUAUUUCGUUCUCUGCGCUGGAUAACAUCCGGGAUCUGACGUGUGUUUCGCUGUUUGCAAUUUGUUUUGACGAAGUGACAGCUCGAUUUUACAUCGGGAAGCAGGCGCGUGAAGUUGUUCAUACGUUUCAUAAGCCUCCAGUUCUUCCUAAUCAAAAGAAAGUUAAUAAAAUAAGCAAAGCAUUUUUGCCAGCGCAUCAGAGUGCUGCUGUUGUAACAGACAUCAGCGGGGGUGAAACAGUUUGGAUCGAGACUUCUGAGAAACAGCAAGAAGAAAUAAUAGUAACGCUAAAUAUUGGUAAAAUGCACUCACAGCUACGACGAUUAAGGAAUGAAUCUUCGAUAUUAAAAGACGCUGUUAUUACAGCAAUACCAGCGCACUAUUCACGAGUAUUAUUCACUUGUACUCGAAUUACAUCACCGUUGAAGUGCAUAGACUAUUAUUUACAUCAGCCGUCAGAUGAGAAAGAUAAACAGAGUAAUAAACAGCAAGGACCGCCGCAGGCCACAGAGGAAUUCACGCUCGGGAAUGGCGAAGAUAGAUUAGGUUUCAUUAUGUUCGAGUGUGGUCUCGAGGGAAUAAAAUUAAAAAUAGUAAAGAGGUCGCAGUUUGAAAAGGGUGAUAAUGGUCAGGAUGAUAAAAAAACAGAAACAGAAAUAUUUUACACUGACAGUGUUAAGAGCCAUGAUGAAGAUAAUACGUCCGCUCCGACAACUACCACCGAGCCUGAAGCUAACACCGCUACGACAAAUACCACUACGCCUAAUCCGCAAAUAAACCCUAGCGCUACUUCGACGAGUCUUGUGACAAGAGUCACCAAUGGUAAUACUGUAUCGUGUGUUAUUGAGUUGAAGACAGUUUGGUUUAACUUUGCCGCACCACCCCGUACUCCCAUAACACGAAAGAUAGAUUACACUCGACUUGAUUGGAAUUUAUUGAGCACGGCAUCACCAGCUAUCAAUGCGUGGAUGAAUCCUAGCAAUAGAUUUGCCAUACGCAUUGUUCAUAUGUUUCGUUGUAUGUACAGAAGAUCAACAGCUGUCGUUGCUUGUUUAAUGGCUGAGUCUUUGGAUGUUCAAGGAAUUAAUAUGCCUGUUAAAAGCCGGUAUGGGAGACUCACACCGCUGGCUAAAACUCUUCAAGAAGAUCCUUCUUGUCAGCUGUGCAGUAUUCUUCAAAAGUAUGUUCUUAUGUCGGACUUGGAAGCCAUCAAUGACAAUCUUCGGGAAGAUGAUGUUCCACCUUUGUCUACGCUUCGUCAAGGAGUUAUUGUCCUCAGUCGUCAGUGGAAAAAUGUUUUAUACACACCUUUACUACUAGAGCAUAAUUAUAAAACAAAACACGUAAAACCACUCAACGUUACCUUUGCAGUUUCUGAUCCCGAAGACGAAAAUUUGCUGACGGACGGUGAAGGUAGUGCAGGCGACGGUGACGAUCAAGAGGUGACGGAUGAAUGCGCGAUGCUCAUCAACACGGAUAACAUUUACAAGCAUUCCCAGGUGAAGCCUGGACCCGACAAAAGUACAGGUGUUUGUGGUGAUGGUCUGACGGUGCCGGUUAGUUCUCCACGUGGUCGUGAAACUAGUCCUUUGUCUACACCAAUACCCACUGGUCCAGACUCACUAACGUCUCCCUCGCCACCUGUCGCACAUCACAAGCGAGGGAGAUCAUUGCAACCUACACAGGUACCCGUUAGCUCGCGAGCGAGUAUUGUCUUUCCAUUGCUCGCCAGCGGUGGACUGUUCAAUCAGCCACGGGAUCCUAAUAAUAUCAGCUAUGGAACUCUUCAAGAAGAAAAAAUGCCCCAGAUACAUGUGUCGCAAUCUCAUAAUCUGGGUUCUAAUCCGAGUAUUUACUCCGGAGGCCACAAUAGUCCGCAUAGUACUGGCAGUAUAGAUCAAAUUAUGUCUCCGACAGCUCAUCAAUCAACACGACAAAAUAAUGCGGGUGAAGAUUUGUACAGCUGGAUGGCCAAACAGCAGGAAUUUAUCAAGGAUAAUGAAAAGAGUAAUCUUAAAGGAAAUUGGGUCUUUCGUACUGAACAAAAGGCUACUAAGGAUUCAAAAAUAAACACGAUGACAACGGAGGAUACAGAAGAUUCAGAUGUACAAAGUGGUGCUUGUUUGUAUCCAAUGAAAGACUCACUGCGUUUAUUAGAUGCUCACUUGAUAUUUGAACCGCUGCUUUCAUCACUAUCAGUGAUGCCUCAGCAAAUGUUGUCAGCAAUAGGUUCUGGCAACAUCAACAACGUAUCAUCAUUAGAGUCAUUAGGGUCUAAUUUAUCUUUAGUCGGAACAAUGGACACAAUGAGAAUAGACAUUGUUGUGAGUGAAUUUGGUAAAGUUCCCGAUAAAAAGAAAGCGACGAAACAUCCACCAAGAAAAGGAUCGAAAUUUUUUCUCGAUAUUCCUUCAGAAACUCCCGCAUUUUUGUGCGAAAAAAUUGGAAUCGACAUUGACAUCAAGAAGAUGGCUGAUAUGACAGUGGAUGAUAUGAUCCAAAGGCAAAACGUCUUGUACAUUUCGCGAGGGCAGUUGAAGAAACACACCAGCACUGUUGUCAAUUUCAGCUUAAACAUUCGCUACAUAAGUCAACAGGUCAACAUGCCAUUGCUUAGAUUACUGCAUCAGAUAAGCAAUAUGUACCAGAAUGUUAAAGAAACGCAGAUGGAGUUGAAGGAACAGUUACCAGAGACCAAAAGAAAUGCUAAUUUAACCGUAAAUGACAUUAAUAUAAAAAACGGUUCAUCAUCGACGUCAGAUCUUCAGGAUCAGCACCAUCUGGGUGGUUGUAACAUCAGUGAUGGUGGUAAAAAAAUAGACGAACCAUUACUGCAAUCUAGCUACGACAAUAAUCAGUCGAAAGUUUUAUCACCUUCCUCAAGUAUAAGGUCACGACCACAGAGUUUUGCUCAGAAAUUAAGAAGUACUGGUAAAAGUGUAAAAGGUUAUAUUAAUUUAAGUGAAGGUGUUAUUACUCCCAGCUUUGGUGCUAGUCCCAACGGUUCUGGCCUCGAUAAAUUCAGUGUUUUAUCCGACAAGUGUAAGGAUAAUUUUAUCUUGACUCCCCGUUGCUGGAGAACAAUUUACUAUCUGCUAGAUUUGUAUGCAACUCGACCGGAAACCAAAACCAUAACUCAUCGGUUCUCCUUGCCAGCUGAAGUUGCUGAUAAUUACAAAGGUGCCCGUAAAUAUGAAAAUUUAACCGAAGUUAAAGAUCCAGAUAUCGAAAAAGGCUUAAACAAUGAGUCUGGUUUCACUCCAGUACCACCAGCACCACCACCACGUGAAAUGAAUGUUGUCACUGGUGAACGUACGAGAUUAAUCAUUUUUGGCGUUGCUAAAAUUCAUCGCACACGGCUGCUUGCUACUUUAAGUGGUCUUAAGUUAGAAGCAGAAAUCACUAGCCUCCAUGCAAGCUUAACGUGCCGCAAGAAAUCAAAGCCUGCGAGUCUAGAGUGCAGCUUAACGGGUCAAAUCGGUAGAACGAUGAUCGUUCUACUGGAAGGAGUUGCUCCGAACCAACAGACAGUUGUAAAAGUUACCGUGGGAAAAUCUCAGGCUCUUUAUUCGAGUGUUACACGUCGUCAAAAGGACAAAAACAGCGGAUUAUUGACUGUCGGAGCAGUUAAUAUUGACAUACCUCAGCACCCGGUGGCUCUGCAUGGAAUGAUGACCCGCGGUAGUAAACAAUUGUCUUCAACGCUACAAGAAUUACGAGUUACGAGAACUUCAUCGCGUAUGUCACGUGGUCAGCAGCAAGAAGAGGCUGACGGAUUACCGGGAAGUCCGCAUAAUUAUCCACCUGCGCCUUCUAUUGAUGUUGAAAAACCCCAGCCUGGUCCUAGUCUUCUUGAACCGAUUGUUAUGCAAUUUCAUAUCAUUUUACAGAGUCUAAGUAUCACUGCAGCGCUAUUACCUUCACUUCAAGCACAAUAUAAAAUGGAUCAAGUUAAUAGCUCGGGUAUUACUGGCAGUAAAGCUAAGUUUACGAUAGAUCUACCUCAUCAUAGUCUCAGUUUUACGACAAAACUUCAAGUGACUGAGGCUAAUUUACCGUCUGAAGCCAGCAUCGAACUUCCUAAAGUUCACGUCUCCGCUGAGUACAUACAAGACGGUAGUAAUAGUUUAAAUGACAGUAAAAUUGCUGAUGGUGUUGUUUUACGUCAAGGAAGCUAUCUCAGUGCAACUGCGGAUAUUGGAAUUUUUGAACAUUCAUUGACCACAGACUUACUUAAUCAUUUGGUCUUUGUGCAAAAAGUAUUUAUGAAAGAAGUUAAUGAAGUUGUCCAAAAAGUAUACGGCGGUGAAAAACCCGUUCCUUUGUGGCUGGAAGAUGAAGAACCAGCGAGUUCUAGCUUGAAAAGAAUUUUAUUUUCACUUGUUAUACGUAUUAAAAGGAUACAAUUAACAGCAACAACUCCGACAAAUUCAGCAGUACGUUUGGAAACUGGUACAGUUGAACUACAAUUGUCUAAUCGGGUGCAAAAUGUGUCUGGUGCAGCACAACCAAAUCCCUAUACUAAAUUAUUUGGCAAAGCUCAAGUUGAUAUUAAUCUAUCACUUGGACAGCUUCUCAAGAAUGUUAUGUUCGAAGAAGCCGAGCCAGAGUUUCAGCAAUUUGCAUUUUUCAACACUCGUGUAGGUUUAAGAAAUGCUUUUCAAGAAGAAAUGGCUCAGGGUGCUGAUAAAGAGGUUGUAUUAAUUACCCUUAAACGACCACUUAUUUAUAUUCAACCGAUGGCUGUGGAUAAAGCUAUUCUUGUGUGGCUGAACUAUAAAAAUGCCUACGAGUAUUGGAAUGAAAAGCGUGCUAAUUUAAAUAAAGAAGUAUUGACAGCAACUCAACAGGUAUUUGAAAAGGUUCCGUUUGGACAAUUGACAAGUCAAUUGAGCUCACCAAAUUUAGGGACUCUGUUUCUUCAACUGACUGUUGAUGACAUGGGUAUUUGUGUGCCUUUAAAUCCACUGCCACCAAAUAACUGGGGAAUGACGCGUGGUUUGUAUGAUGGAGAAUCACGUGGUGCUGUAGUAGUUACAUUAGUGAAUACGAGUAUAUCAGCGUGUAGCAGCGGUAGUUUAGUCAGUAAAGCUAGAUUUGCUGGCUUUUGCUUGAGAUUCGCUGAAGAUUUUGAGACAUCUUUGGACGAUUGGAAACCUGAUAUGAAUGAUAGUAGUAUUAUGAAUCUGUGUGUAGUUUCCGAAGGGACUUAUGAAGUAUGCAGUCGAACUGUUGCACAAAAACCAGAUAAAUCAGACAAUGCCAAGUGGUUAUUAAACGUUCAAUGGCAGAUGGAGGGAGUUGAUAUACACUUUGAUGUGAGCGUUGGUCAACAAUUAUCAGCACUGGGACAUACAUUGACUAUGCUGACCGGUUCUGAAGAAGACGAUGCUAAUAUAUCAGCUGACUACGACAGUGAUGACGGUGACCAGCCGGAAAAUGGAACUAGCCAGGUUAAGAAAAAAGAGAGCAUACUGAUUAAAAAAUCAAAGAAUUGGACCGACAGCCUGCCUGCAUUUGUCUUUGAUCCUUCUUUAGACGCUAAAAAACGAUCCAAGUUGAUAGAAAAAGAAAUGAACGAGCAGGCGAAGAUAAUAAACGACUUGAGGUCACUGGGAGCGUCACACGGUACAAUCGAGCAAGAAAUGAAACGUUUGCACGAGUUAGAAGCCAUGGUGUUCAAAGACUUCCGCAGAGACAUGAUUCAAAAGCUGAGAAGACAGUCUGUAAAAGCGUCAGGUAUAAAAGGAAAACUUGGACUUGGUAACAAGCCUAAUACUUACCGCUCGCGGUCGUUCAUAGUACCGUCUCCUACACCUGAACAUCAACUGGAGAGCCCGGAAGACUUGAACGCCGACAUUAAUUCAGCUAACUCCGCGAGUUACGAGAGCAGUCCACGGAGUGGUCCAAGUCGGUCAGCUUCUUUGAGAGUCCGUGGGCUUGGUGGCCCGCGUGUUACCUUCAGCGAUACACACACGAUGUGUCGGCAGUCGUCACUACCAAGCGCAAGCUCGGACUUGAGUCUUCCCGAGGGUGACUUGGAAUGGCCGGAGACUUUAGACAUCGAAGGCGAACAAGUCGAGCUAAGGAAGAAACAUCGCGACAUGAGCUGCACUUCUAGUUACGACAGCAUGGAAGGCAACGCUCCGCUGCUCGAUUCAUAUGGCCGUGAACAAACUUCAACUACUUGCUCGCCUCAUAUUGCACCACAGAAACCUCAGGAGCCUAACAUCGACUUUGAGCUUGACGUCAAAGUACUGAUCAACAGUGGAAAGUGUGUCUUGCAUACCAAAGACCCCGCCAGAGAAGAUGAACUUAAAUUACUCAGCAGGAUGAAGAAAGAACGUUCGUGUUCAGGUGGGAAUUUUGACUUCCAACCAAGCAGUCCUAGUAGCAGCAAAAAACAUCUCAGCAGCAAAGAAAAGUCAUCAACUACCAGCAAUUCACGGUUAAGAUACAUGCAGCAUGCCAGUGUACCUCUCGUUGAUCUCACAAUCUUUCAUAUUCCCGGGCUGGAUGUUAAAGUCCACUACGAGUCGAAAACUCUUCCGGAAGAAUCAAUUUCACCACGUACAUCUGCCGAAAAUAAUUUACUAAAUCCACUGUUGAGUUCCACGGGUUUAAGAAAGCCAAGUACGAAAAAAGCAAGUCUAUUUGCUUGGAUGACUCUCCAAAGUAUUCCCGAGGAAACGAUAAUCAGCCCUCAUAUUUUGGAAUUUUUAGAACAAACUCUCGAACCAAUUCCCAGUAAAACAUUAGCAGGAGGUGGACAAGCCAGUACUGUGUUCCCGAUGGACAAUGAGAGUUCAUCUUGGGCAGCUACAGCUGCCAGUGGCAAUUAUGUCUAUGCCAGCUUUCCUGUCGACGUGAUAGUGUACUUUCACAUGCAGCCUUCAACUUUCAGGUUCUCAUGUUUGCCAGUGUCGCGUGUUGAGUGUAUGCUUCAACUACCAUCACUGGACAUUGUUUUUUCAUCAAAACGCGCAGAGGAAGAACAAACUGAAUUUGGUGACUUCAAAUCAUCCGCUGAGUCUUCUAGUACUAGCGUUAAAGAAAGCUCAGCGGUUGGCGGAGUGUCUGUUACCGGGUGUCUAGCAGAUUUUUCUGUUUACAUAUUCCACCCGUACGGCGGUGGUAAAAAAUCAAGUCUGAAAGAAGCUCAGUGGUCACCGCUGUCUGACAGCGAAAGAAAAGACUCAUUGAGUAUAAAUGUUGAGUUUGUUAAAUUUCAUUUAUCGAGAAGUAGAAAAAUAAAUUUCCAAAGUGAGCCGAUGAAAAAAAGUAACGAUGCCAGCAGAGCUGUCAUAAGAUUUUCUACGAUAGUCGACGUAGGCUCAGCCUCAUUUAAAUACGACAUGAGGCGAAUCACAGAGAUCUUAGCUUUUCCCAAAGCAUGGUAUCGACGUAGUAUUGUACGAAGAUUAUUUUUGGGCGAUUUAAAUUCGGGAUUCGCUUACUCUGAGGGUCAUACUGCACCGCAGAUGAAUACCGAAGAGGCGGUGAUGGGCAGUUCGCUACUAAAGCAUCAUGAUCGUCACGCAGGAGAUGGCUUGUCUAAGAGUGCGCCAGAGCGGAGUCCAACUUUGACGAGAGAUAAAUUGAGACUGAGUUUUGAUAAUGAUAUGCCGCGACAAACGCGGCUCAAAGAUAUUGGACGAGGGUGGAGCUUUACUUCGGAUAAAGGACAGUCUGCAUCGGCGAUAAAAAAACGAGAGUCUGCUUGGGAGACAUUGGUAUUAUUUGCUGUUAAUUUCACACGACUGAAUGUUCAUAUGAAUAUGGGCAAUGUGAUGGGAAAUGUUGCUUGGAUGACCAAAGACUUUCGCUCCGACGGUAGACUUUCUAUUGGCAGUACAGGUCAUAAAAAUUUGUACAUUGGAAUCGGGCUUGGUGGGUCUAGCUUGGAUGCUAAAGGUGGUUUCGUCGGUGGUACUAUAGAGCUUAGCAAAAUUGACACAUAUAUUCACAUUCGAGAGGAACCGGGUACUGAACCUGAUCAUACAUUAGGGCUGAAAUUGUUCGCGCUGGAAUUGAGACUAGAUUACAUGGGAACUAGUGUGUUAAUGACUCGAGUGUCCUCGCUAGACGUGACUCUAAGGGACGAGUGGAAAAUAAAUCGCAGUAAUGCCGGCGACGCUUUUAUGCCGACACGUAGACCUGCUGUGAUAUUUAUGCACGGUGACCUUGGCUGGGAUCAACUGCAAAUAAUGAUCAGCAAAUCGACAACCGCUGAUCUGCUGAAGAUGUUUCAUAAGCUUGAUGAAUUCUUCAGUCAGCAGUUCAAAAACAGCAAGCGGGUGUUCAGUUCGCUGCAGACUAACAAAAACCAACGGGUUACGAGUAACAGCUUCAAGAAGCGAGGACAGAAGAAAACUCGCGGGGCUGGAGCUGAAGCUGCCUGGACCAUGAACCCUACUGCGAUGUCCGACGCACGUCACCAUCGACACUGGCAACGAGUGCUGGCUCAAGUUGCUGGGCUACAGCUUGGAAGCUUGAGGUUUUCUCUGCCGACCAAUGGUACUGUCCUUGGUGGAACCAUGGAGCUACACGGGUGCAAUAUCAGUCUCGCUUGCUUCCACGGGAUAAACUUUAAAAGUAAAAGCUGGGCGCUGUUUUCGCUCAAAGAACCCUGCAUUAGUUUUGCCACCGAGGCUCAAGAAAUUCCGAGUGUAGAGUCUCCUAAUACUUGUGAUGUUCAUGUGGUGCAAACUCUGACUAUUAGUUUAGGACAACAGCAAGAACAGCAUGCUAGACAUCUUUCUAUGGGGACUGUUUGUCGGCUGAGUAGAAGUGUCCUUUUUCCACCUCAGUUC